AUGCGUCUUCUCUUUCAAAGAUCAAUAAUGGGCAGUGAGGCAAGCGGUGAUUCAUUUCUUUAUAAGUACUCAGUCCAUAAUUGUAUGUCCUUGAGGAGCAAUUACUGAACAGACAAAAUGACAGAAUAUUGGGUAUCAAAGAAGCAGUACUGGUGCAAGUAUUGCAACAUCUGGAUUAGAGAUGACGCCCCCUCUCGAAGGCAACAUGAAACAGGUCUUAAGCAUAUCGGCAACAAAGAGAGAUUCAUCCGAGAUCUUUAUAGAGGAGGAGAGAAGGCGAAAAAGGAAAAGGCCCAGGAAGCUGCCGAGAUGGCUCGCAUAGAUGCAGCGGCAGCAGCAGCAUACGCCCACGAUACAGCCCGCGGCGUGGUACGCCCAUCCUCCCUUGCCUCUUCCUCCGCCUCCCCAGCUCCCUCCUCUUCCACCGCCAAAGCCCGCGACUCUAGACCUAAAGACAAGUUUUCCGACUACUCCACCGCCGCUCAACUUGGUUUUGUCGACCCUGAUACCGAAAAGUCUGCGUAUGAGAUUGAACAGGAAAUCAAAGGACGGGCAGGCGAGCCUGGACAGUGGGAAGAAGUUGUAGUACCUCCACCCCUUACCGAGGCUUCGGUGAGUAUGACGGGCGCGAAAAGGAACAGGGGGGAGGAAGACGAAGAAGGUGAAGGAUGGAAAUUUGAACAUAAGGGGAAGAAGCCGGUACAUGAUCCCUAUGACGAUGAUUGGGAUUCUUCGUCACUUAAAGGGUUGAAAGUUAAAAAGAAGGAGGAAACGCUUUUCAAAGACAAGAAUAUGAAAGAAAAAGAAGGAGUCAUCAAGCAGGAACCUUCAAAGCAAGCUUGGCAACAAGUACAACCGAAAGACGGACCUGGAUUGCAGAAAGAAGGUUGGACCGGGAAGAUUGAGCUGAAGCCGAAGACGAAGGGAAACGACAAGGUCUUUAUACCGGGAGGUGGUUGGGUAAAGGUGGAAGGGUCUCAGGCAGAUGAAGGAAAAAGGGAGGAAUCAGAGGCGGCGGAGGAUGUUAAACCUGAUAUGAAGAAGCUAGAGGAAGCAGUUUUAGUUGAAGCUACUGCUGUUACCAGUGAAGCAAUGAAAGAAGAACAGGAUGUCAAGCCAGACGUUUCUGCCCCCUCUGCGCCUGAACCGGCUAGUGGUGGAAGCAUGUUCAAAAAGCGAAGACCGCCACCUUCAAAUCGCAAAAAGUAGACAGGAAAUCUUGCUGUAAUCAUUAGUAUAUUACUGUAGCACAUCCAAUGCAUAAACAAACAAAUGCGCAAAA